CGGACACUUUUGGACCGACGCGUACCGAACAUGUUCCGGGCUCUGAAUGCUGCGCUCACGGUGCUGCUGGCCGCCUCGCUGUCGUGGCGGAGCACGGCGGGAGGCUACGGUGGCGGUGUGGCUCUUUUCGCCGCCCAGACCUCACCCCCGGACCCCUGCUACGACGAGCACGGCCACCCCCGCCGAUGCAUCCCGGACUUCGUCAACUCGGCCUUCGGCCAGGAGGUGAGGGUGUCCAGCACCUGCGGGCGGACCCCCGGCCGCUACUGCGUGCUGAGCUCGGCGGACAAGGUGGACGAGCGGACGCGGAACUGUCACACCUGCGACGCGUCCGACCCCAAAAGGUCGCACCCUCCGGCGUACCUCACCGACCUCAACAACCCGCACAACCUAACGUGCUGGCGGUCGGAGAACUUUAUCCAGUCCCCGCAGAACGUCACCCUGACUCUGUCCCUGGGCAAGAAGUUCGAGGUGACCUACGUCAGCCUCCAGUUCUGCUCGCCCAGACCGGAAUCCAUGGUCAUCUUUAAGUCCAUGGACUACGGCAAGACGUGGGUGCCGUUCCAGUUCUACUCGACCCAGUGCCGGAAGAUGUACAACAAGCCCAACCGGGCCGCCAUCACCAAGCAGAACGAGCAGGAGGCCAUCUGCACGGACUCGCACACCGACAUGUUCCCGCUGAGCGGCGGCCUGAUCGCCUUCAGCACGCUGGACGCGCGACCCUCCGCGCACGACUUCGACAACUCCCCGGUGCUGCAGGACUGGGUGACGGCCACCGACAUCCGGGUGACGUUCGGCCGGCUGCACACGUUCGGCGACGAGAACGAGGACGACUCGGAGCUGGCCCGGGACUCCUACUUUUACGCCGUGUCCGACCUGCAGGUGGGCGGCCGCUGCAAGUGCAACGGACACGCGUCGCGCUGCGUCAAGGACCGCGACGGGGAGCUGGUGUGCGAGUGCAAGCACAACACGGCCGGGCCGGAGUGUGACAGGUGCAAGCCCUUCCACUAUGACCGGCCGUGGCAGAGAGCCACUGCCCGGGAGGCCAACGAGUGUGUCGCCUGCAACUGCAACCUGCACGCCCGUCGCUGCCGCUUCAACAUGGAGCUGUACAAGCUGUCGGGGAGGAAGAGCGGCGGCGUCUGCCUCAACUGCCGCCACAACACGGCCGGCCGCCAUUGUCACUACUGCAAAGAGGGCUACUACCGAGACCUGUCCAAGGCCAUCACGCACAGGAAGGCCUGCAAGGCAUGUGAUUGCCAUCCCGUGGGUGCCGCCGGCAAAACCUGUAACCAAACCACAGGACAAUGUCCCUGUAAAGACGGUGUGACGGGUAUCACGUGCAACCGCUGCGCUAAAGGCUACCAGCAGAGCCGCUCGCCCAUUGCUCCCUGCAUAAAGAUUCCUGUUACACCGCCUACACCUGCAGUCAGCAGUACAGAAGAGCCCUCGGACUGUGACUCGUACUGCAAGGCCUCCAAAGGCAAACUGAAAAUCAACAUGAAGAAAUAUUGCAAGAAGGAUUACGCCGUCCAGGUGCACUUUCUGAAGGCGGAGAAGGCGGGCGAGUGGUGGAAGUUCACCGUCAACAUCAUCUCCGUCUACAAGCAAGGCGAGAGCCGCAUCCGCCGCGGGGACCAGUUCCUGUGGGUCCGCGCCAAGGACGUGGCCUGCAAGUGUCCCAAGAUCAAACCGGGCAAGAAGUACCUGCUGCUGGGCAACGACGAGGACUCCCCCGGUCAGGGCGGCGUGGUGGCGGACAAAGGCAGCCUGGUGAUCCAGUGGAGGGACACGUGGGCGCGCAGGCUCAGGAAGUUCCAACAGCGCGAGAAGAAGGGAAAGUGCAAGAAGCCUUAGGUGGAAACA